UCAAAGUAGGGUUUCAAGCGUGUGGCUUUCCAAGUGUAUAUGUACCAUGCACCCAUCUCCUCAAAAUAUAGAACCCUAUUCCUUCAAUUCCCUCAUUUGUGCUCCCUUUUUGUUCUUGAAUCUCAACUCGAGCAAUUCUUUUGGUAUAGUAGAAGAGUAGAGAGAGAUCAAGAUUUAAAGAGAGAAUGUUCCAUGCUGCUUCUGAGAAUUUCACAAUGAAUAAUUCUCAAGAAAGGCAGAUGUGUGUCGUCCAAGCUGCGGAUUCCGGCCUAGUCCUCACCACUGACCCCAAACCUCGCCUUCGAUGGACCGGGGAACUCCAUGAGCGCUUUGUCGACGCUGUCAAUCAACUCGGAGGCCCUGAUAAGGCCACACCAAAAACCAUCAUGAGAGUCAUGGGUGUCAAGGGCCUCACUCUCUACCACCUCAAGAGCCACCUCCAGAAAUUUAGACUUGGCAAGCAACCUCACAGAGAUUUCAGUGCUCACACAAUUAAAGAUGAACUGCAAAGAAAUGCAGCCUCUUCAUCCAUGUUGAUGAGUCGAUCGAUAAAUGAGAGUUUGAUGGCACAAGCUAUAAGGAUGCAAAUCGAAAGGAGAUGCCAUGAGCAAUUAGAGAUUCAAAAACACUUGCAACUGAGGAUCGAGGCAGAAGCCAAGUACAUGGAAAGCAUGUUGGAGAGAGCAUAUCAAACACUCUUGAAAGAUAGUAUUGGAGAUCACCAUCAAGGUCUUGCCCAAAACCUUGUUGCCCAAAAGAAUUUGGAUCCUUCGAAUAAUCGAUUUCUUUCCCUUGACACACAACUACAAAGACCUCCAUACGUUGGAGAAGAACAAUUGCAACUAAGCAUGCAAGUGCUACAACAGAAGCAGACAACCACACCACUUGAGGAAUUUUUGCUAAACGAUGACAAUGCAUAUAAUGAAAACCCUACUAAUGUCGGGUGGACAAAUGCUUAUGAGCUGGAGGUGCAAAAAAUGGAAUCAUUUGUGGCAAUGUUGGAUCAAGAGGAAACCUUGUCGAAUAGCAACGAUCAACUAGAGAUGAUUGUUCCAACCCCCACGGAUGGGAUCAAUGGCGCCGCGGGGAGCAUCGAAGAGAAGAAGUAUGAAGCACUCGAGAAGUUCAAUAGCUCAAUUGCAAUAUCUCAAAUGACAAGAGGCCAAGCAAGAAACAUGUCUUAUGGAUGAAGUGCAUAAUUCUACAAGUUAAGAAGAUGAGCUAUAUAUUAAAGAUUGGAUAUCAUCGAAUACAUUCUUGAUUAAAAAUCAAACAAUGUUUUCAUGGAGAUUGUACUGAUCGAGUGUCUCGAGAGUAACAUCAAAGACCCUCUUAUUGAGAUACUUCUAGACAUUGUAGUUUGAUUAUGUGUUUAAUUAAAAGUAGUUAAUUAAGCUUAAUUUCUUA